AUCCCCCCCGGUAGAAUUUGAAUUGAGACGCGGUGCUCCUGCUCCAAAGAGAAAAAAAAAUGUGGAUGAGACACCUCUCUCUCUCACUCUCUCGCCCUGCCGGUCUGGUUUCGAGGCGGCGGUGCUGAUGCUGAUGAUGCUCGGUUUUCAAAUGCCGAUGGAGGACGACGAACCGAUUCGUGCGGGAGAGGGAUGGGAUCUCCUUGCAGGGGCUGUGCGCGAUGCUGCUCCGCCGCGCAGUGACAGGGAGCCAAGCGCGGUGCGUUUAGCCGCAGUUGAACCCGGAGAAGGCUGACGGGGUGAUGCUGUUGCUGCUGGUGAGGCUCGGUGCCGCUAUAACAGCAGCGCUCCCCCGGAUCAUACCACCGCACCGAGGAGAAGGGGGUGUGGCACGGAGCGGCGGACAGACACAAACAGCCUCUCUCUCCUCGUCCGGAGGUCGUCUGGAUCACGACUGCGACUCAUUCAGAUCUGCAUGGGAGACGAUGGCGCGAUGCAGAGCGCUGUCUGUGAUUGUGCACGGGGGAUGUACAAAUGCAGCCACGCUGCAGCAUUGGCAAUAUUUGCCAUGUGGCAGAUCAGCUCCACAGAUGUUGAGUGCCAGUGGAGGAAGCCUGGCACUUCCAAAGUAGUCCAGCCGGUGUCUCAACUCUACCAACAGCAAGAAGAGACAUACAACCCACUGGCUAGAAACAUCGCCACUCAGGAUGUAGACUGGUUCAGGUCUGCACUGAGGGGCACACAGUGUGGCAUGGCAUGGCUUUUGUCACCUGAGCCAGAGCCACAGCCUCAACAUCAGGCCAUUGUCACCAUGCCAGAGUUGGUGAAGGAGCAUGGGGGUCGGGGGCUUGAGGCAAUUCUUGCCUCAAUGCGACUGGCAAGAGGCCAGCAAGCUGCCAUCCAGACAGCCACCGUAGGACAGCAGACAAAUCCUCAGUGGCAGUUACACAGGCAGGGCAGGUUGACAGCCAGCAAUUUUGGUGCUGUGCUGAGGUCGGGACUUUCAUCCACUCCAUGCGCGUCCCUCAUGAAGAGGGUGCUUGGGGGGUACCAUUUAGACGGAGUCAUGGCUGUCAACUGGGGAGUUGUAAACGAGGCCGAAGGGGUGAAGGCUUUUGUGCAGGCCUAUCGGGUGACAGUGAUCGACUCUGGUCUAUUUGUGAGUGAGUCGGGUGUUUUGGGAGCAUCACCCGAUGGACUUGUGCAGCCAUCUGCCCUGCUGGAGGUGAAGUGUCCACACAGCCAGAGGAACAUGACCAUCGCGGAGGCAGUCCAGUUACCAUCCUUCUGUCUCCGUGAGGAGGGUGGGUCAUACAUUCUCAAGAAGAAUCAACCAUACUGGCACCAGGUCCAAGGGCAGCUGCACAUCACAGACCGGAGUCUCUGCUACUUUGUUGGAAACCAGGACGCUCCCGUGUGCUCCGGGGCUAUUAAGACCGCUAUCAGUCGCUCCUCCUGCACUCGGUCCAGGAACCGAGGGAUCAGAGGGACUGGUGGGAAAGCGUACAGUAAUACCCUGGGCCAAGGUCUGUGUGCGAACGCGUCCACCCCCAGAGGGGGGUGA